GGAUAGGAUCAGUUACUUACCGGACACUAUCCUUUGCAACAUUCUCUCAUACCUCCCAACAAAACAAGCUGUAUCCACCAGCAUCCUCUGUCGCAGGUGGCGCCAUGUUUGGAAGGAUCUCCAAGACCUUGACAUAGAUGAUAGACCCUUUUGGUCCUCUGGGGAAGCCAGCUUUUUUUUUUGUCAAUGCUAUUCUAGGUCAGCGCAAUGCAGAUUCGUACCCCAUCGAAAAGUUCCGCCUCACUUGCGAAAAAUUUGAAGAGGAUUCCAUCUCAACAUGGCUUAAUGCCGUCAUUGGCCCCUGUCUUCAGGAACUAUAUCUAAGCCUUAAAGUAAAUGUGAUGUUUGCAAUCAAGUUGCCUAAAGCGAUAUUCACUUGUACAUCACUUAAGUCCCUUGUUUUGAAAGGUGAUAUUUCAUUGUAUUAUGGUCCGGAGUUUCCAGAUGUAUAUCUGCCAUCCCUCAAGAACCUAGAGUUGAAUAUUGCCCGUGUGGACAACAAGUUUUUAUCUGGCUGUCCUGUUCUUGAAAAUCUUAAGCUCAUUCUACAGGACAUGACCCCAAAAGGUUUUGUUUAUAUACCUACAAUUCAGAUGCCCCAGACAUUGAAGAGUUUAACCUUUGAAGAUUACUCUAUCGUGUGUGAUGAGAUUAACCAUCGUGUGAUAGACACACCAUCUCUUGAAUACCUCCAUGUGAAAAUAGUGACGCCGGUGUUUUCUGAGCUACAGAUUUCGGUUAGCCAUUUUCCCAACAUGGUGGAGGCACAUGUUGAUAUUCGUGAAGAACACAAACUUGUUGAACAUGUCUGUUGGGUGCCCAUGCUUCUCCAGGCACUUCGUGAAACAAAGUUGUUGGCAUUGAAACCUUACACAACACGGUUAUCUUCUACACAGUGCUUAUUUAGUGCUCCAGCUUUCAAGUUUCCAGAAUUUCACCGUUUGCUCAAUCUAGAGCUUGAUAUUCCAUUUUUCAACACAAACUUCCUGCUAAACUUCCUUCACAGCUGUCAUGUACUUGAAGCUCUCGAAAUUCGUAUUUGUGAGGAAGUCUAUGUCCACACCAUGGACUAUAAUGGACCAACACCACCAACCAUGGUUCCCAGUUGUGUGACAUCACAUCUCAAGAGUUUUGAGUUUAGAGAAUAUCAAAGCGCUGCAGAUGAAUAUGAAUUUAUUGCAUAUCUUUUACAAGGAGGACUUGUUUUGAAGACAGUGACAAUUCAUCUUAAAUCUGGUUUCGACCGAGAGACAAAGUACAAUAUUUUCAAGGAUUUAUCUGCUAUACCAAGGGGUUCUAGAAUAUGUCAGCUAAAUUUUCAUUGAUCAAAAUGCCAUUUAACAUGGUGGCGCUGCCUCUGGAAGGAACUCCCGGUCUUGGACUUUGACAAUGAUAAGCAUGGAGGGGAUCAUCGCUCUCCUGCUUUCGUCGAUGCUGUUCUAGCUCAACGCACUGCUCUCCACAUCCAGAAGUUCUGCCUCACCUAAGGAUAAAGAAUUUUAUAUUACAAUUGACUAGGCUUUUGUUACCUUUGUAAUGGAGAUAUUUCUGAUAUGAUUUGAGGGCCAUUUUAAAAUUUUAAUUGCCUGGGUAGCAGCCCUUUUGCUUUAGUGGAAAUGUUCGAAGACUCUAGUCUUGAGUGAUUGCUUUGCAACGUCAUCAUGUUUUUGAGGCUAGAAGAAUGUUGUCUGCAUAUAUGCUUUAAUUUCACUGCGGAGAUGUUAUUUGCCACCCCAUGUCUACUGCUGAGCAAUAUCAGCUAGGUACGUUCAUAUAUAUAUACUACUAAUAAUUGUACAAAGCUCUAAGCUGGUUGCUAUAUACAAAGUGAUUAACGAUGUUACAAGGAUAA